AUGGCAGAGACGGAGAAUGAGGUGGAGGUAUUGGUUCAGAGAGUUGUAAAAGAUAUCAAUAACGCCUUCAAGAGAAACCCCAAUAUUGAUGAGAUAGGUCUGAUCCCGUGUCCAGAGGUCAGGUAUAACCGCAGCCCCAUCGUGCUGGUAGAGAACAAGUUGGGGGUGGAGAGCUGGUGUGUCAAAUACCUGCUACCCUACGUCCACAACAAGCUACUGCUCUACAGGCAGCGCAAACAGUGGCUGGACAGGGAAGCUCUGGUAGACAUCACCUGCACUCUGCUGCUGCUCAACCCAGACUUCACCACUGCUUGGAAUGUCAGGAAGGAACUGCUACAAUGUGGAGCCCUGAGUCCAGAGAGAGACCUGUACCUGGGGAAACUGGCCCUCACCAAGUUCCCCAAGAGCCCCGAGACAUGGAUACACAGGCGCUGGAUACUACAGCAGGUGUUACGGGAGUGCUCUUCCCCCGGGCCGGACAGGAAGGAGCAGGGGGACGGUGAUCGGCGUGACGCAGCAGAGAAGACGCGUCUGAGUGAGCACCUCCACAGGGUUCUACACGAAGAGAUGAAGGUGUGUGCCGACGCCGCCGGCCGUUACCCUAGCAACUACAAUGCCUGGUCGCACCGUGUUUGGGUUCUGCAGAACAUGGCCCCGGGCAACCUCAAGGUCCUCCAUGAUGAGCUCUCCUCUAUGCGUCAGUGGGUCUCCAUGCACGUGUCGGACCACAGUGGCUUCCACUACCGCCAGUUCCUGCUCAAGGCCCUGGUCAGGGAGCUCAGCCAGUCCCUGUCCUCCUCCUCUCCCCAGCACUACCAUCCUCAGCCCAGCUCUAGCCACAGCCCCCACAAAGCCAACCCCCACCACCAGGCCAACGGAGAGCCCACAGCAGCAGCCCCCUGCCCCUCUCCCCCCUCCCCAGAGGACCUGGCCUCGGUGCCGGCAUUGCCCCAGCUCUUCCACCAGGAGGUGGAACUAUGUACUGACCUCAUCAAGUCCUUCCCCGGACACGAGACACUCUGGUGUCACAGGCGACACGUCUUCUACCUCUGGCACCACUGGAGGAGGGACCACCACUACGGCCAGGGCUUUGGCAGCGAGUCUCCCCAACCGAACCACACCGAUGCUGGGCUGAGCAGCCACCCUCACACGGCCUGCCCUGGAGGUGUGGGUCUAGACAGGGUGCAGCGCAGGAAUGGACAGGCUCAGGAGGGUCAGGAUGCCAUGGAAGUGGACGGGGUUGGGGUCCCGGACCCCCGUGACACCAAGCGCCUGAAGAGGGGUCCCCCUGGCCCCUGCCCCCCUGCUCUGUCCUCAGAGCACAGCUUCGUAGCCAGUGUCCUGGACAGCUGCCGCUCCCCUGAGCAGGGACGCUUCGCCCUCGCAUACAGGAAGUGGCUGGACUCUGUUAUUGGUCAGUGAGAUAUAGACUAACUCUGUCAUUGGUCAGUGAGAGGAUAUACUUCCUGUUCCACCGGAGAUGGGCAGCGGUUAGAAGUUUCCCACCUGCACAGAUCUAGCAUCCUCUCACCCUUACCCAACCCCUAACCUUAACCAUUAGGGCGAGAACUGCUAAGAACUGUCCCUAGAUCAGCGUCUAGUGGCUGGUCAAUUCAUCCUAUUCUUCAAUACUCGUGAAGGUGGCUGGGGGUCUCUGAUAGGUCAAGUAAUUUGUGGCCCCUCGCACCCUCCUGAAAAUGCCUGGACUCUGAUUCAUCCGCAGAGCUUUGUCUGGGAAUGGAAGUCUGAGAAGGGCUAUUCUCUGGAAGAGUACAGUCUGUCUCCUUGGCCUGUUUGUCUGUUAGUAGUCUUAGUUCAGGUCUCUCUCAAUGUUAGGGACUAGAACAACCAUUCUGUCAGUCCUUUUAGUUGUUUCACUUAUGAGAUCCAUGUCUCCGUUUCAUUCAUCAUGUCACUGUUUCAUUCCUUUUGUCUCCCACUACCUGUAGAAGAAUAGCCUAUGUGAAGCUGCCAUGGUUAUCUGUUAUCCAUCACUAAUCUUGUUGUUUUCUAGUCAGUUCUGCUGACUACUUUGAGAUGAGCAGUGCAGCAAACAAUGAAUUGUCAACAUACAAAAACAAAGAAGGAAAAACUAGUCAAGCCAUUACUGAUGUGUCGCUACGGACAACCGUACAACUAUAAAACCUUAAGACAGAGCACAACCAUGAACCAACCAAACUCUAAGACCCUAUGAUCUGUGAACCGUACAAGUUAGACAUCUUGGUGUCAUCAUAAUAAACCUUAUGGUGUGCUCUAAAAUAUGGAGUAUGACUAGAUUCUGAAAUACAAUUUUCACAUUAAUUUAUUCAACAUAAACUACCCCUUUUUUUUUGUUUUUUUUUGUUCAUGUUAAGACGUGUUUGGAACAAUAUACUCUACUAGUACAUCACAUUUCCAGAGUGGGCUCUCUGCUAAUACUGAAGGUAUGAGCUAUGUUAUUAUCACCACCAGCACAUUGAAUGGGAAAUGGAUUCAAAGGGAACGCCCUCUGCUGGUGACUUGCUGAAUGUGCAAUCCUAAAGAAGGGCUGUGAUAGGUCAUGCAUGAACCAAUGUCAAUUUCUAUGUGUAAAAUGGGUCAUAUUAUUAAAAGUACCAGAGAUCCAACUCUGGAAAUGUGAUGUUUGAAGAGUAUAGUGUUUGUUUUUAUUGUUGAAAAAUCAAUAAGGGUAGUUGAGAUAUUAAUAUUUUUUAUGUUGAAUAAAUAAAUGUGUAUUUCAGAAUACUCCAUAUUUGAGAGAACACUAAGGACUAUAACGAUACCAAGAUGUUGUCUGUAUCGUGUACGGUUCACAGAUCAUAGGUUCUUACAGGAGGCAUGUAUAGGUCUAAAAAGGGCCUUAUUAAAUUACAUUUCAUCCUGAUUUUCAAAAAAAAAAAAAGUUUGUGAUACAAAUGUAAAAAAGCAUGUUAAUAAACAUCCUUCCUCCCAGUGGAGUUCCUAUGUGAGACCAAUCUGAGAUACCCCAAAAAAACAUUUUCCACUCCUGCUGCUGUGGAAUUGCCCUUAUAGGUUUGAUCUUCACAUCGUUUUGUGUCCCAAAUGGCACCCUAUUCCCUUCUUAGUGCACUACUACCCAUAGGGCUCUGGUUAAAAGUAGUGCACUAUAUAGCGCAUAGGGUGUCAUUUGGGAGGCAUACAUUGACUCUCCAGGAGUGGUUGCUGCUUUGUUUCUGUCUGUUCUGUUUCACCCUGUUAGUGGUACUCUUAGUGAUCAAAUCAAACUUUUAUCAGUCACAUGCGCCGAAUACAACAGGUUUAGACCUUACUGUGAAAUGCUUACUUACAAGCCCUUAACCAACAGUGCAGUUCAAG